AUGCCUCGAGGUCAGAAGAGUAAGCUCAGAGCCCGUGAGAAACGUCGCCAAGCCCGCCAGGCUGAAGAUGAGACCCAAGGUCUAGAGGGUGCUCAGGCUGUUGCAGCAGAGGUGGGAGACACCCCCUCCUCUGCCUCUCCUAUCCCGGGAGAAAGAUCCCAGAAUUUGCCUGCUGCUGAAACAUGUAGCACUCCAAAGCCUCCUCGGAGAGCUGCAGCUGUGUCAUGCACCGGUGCAGAUGAACGUGCCAGUAGCCAGGAUGAGCAAAGCCCAAGCACCUCGAAGGCCAACGAAAGCUCAAGCAAAGAUCCUUUACAAGAUCAAUUAGUAUUGUUGGUGCAGUUUUUGGUGAAGAAGUAUCAAAAGAAAGAGCUGAUUAUGAAGGCAGAAAUGCUAAAGUCUAUUACCACAAAAUCUAGAUGUCACUUCCAUGAGCUCCUGAACAGAGCCACUGAGUACAUGGAGGUGGCCUUUGGUCUUGACUUGAGGGAAGUGGAUCCCAUCAGACACUGCUAUGCCCUUGUCAACAAAAUGAAUCCCUCCGUGGAUGAGAUGGAUAACGAUGAAGGAAACAUGCCCAAGACUGGCAUCCUGAUGAUUGUGCUGGCUGUGAUCUUGGUGAAGGGGAACCGUGCCACUGAAGAAGAGGUCUGGAAAGUGCUGAAUAUGAUAGGGAUAUAUGCUGACAGGAAUCACGUCGUCUUUGGAGAUGCCAAGAAGCUCAUCACCCAAGAUUUGGUGCAGCUUAAGUACCUAGAGUACCGACAUGUGCCCAACAGUAAUCCUCCAUGCUAUGAAUUCCUAUGGGGUCCAAGAGCUUACGCUGAAACCAGCAAGAUGAAAGUCCUGGAGUUUCUGGCCAGGAUCAAUAAAACCACCCCCAGUGCCUUCCCAUCCCUGUAUGAAGAGGCUGUGAAGGAUGAGGAAGAGAGAGCUCGAGCCAGA